AUGACUGAUACUCCACAACGACACCCGAACCUGAAUCUGACCGCCGAGGAAAAGCGCGUUUUCUACCAGCUCUUCCAGGCGGCGGAUACUACCAACCUGGGCGUUAUUACUGGCGAGAUUGCUGUGCCGUUCUUUGAAAAGACACAUCUUCCAUCUGGUACCCUCGGAGAGAUCUGGCAGCUCGCGGAUAAAGAGAACAGGGGUCUUUUGACUCCCUCUGGGUUUGGAAUUGUUCUUCGAUUGAUUGGUCAUGCACAGGCUGGCCGCACACCGUCUGAUGAAUUGGCUUUGCAGCCCGGCCCCCUGCCCCGAUUUGAUGGCAUUGUCGUUGACAACACGCCCGCUCCCCCCGAGUCUGGCGCCGCAAGUCCCCCGCCAGGUGCCGGCCCUCCUAUUCGAGUACCGCCGCUGCAACCCGAAGAUGCCCUUAAAUUCCUCUCGCUGUUCGAGAAGUCAGAUACAUCGAAUGGCAUGAUCUCUGGCGAGAUUGCGAAGCAAAUAUUCGAACGUGCGAGACUACCCAACGAGGUUCUUGGUCGGAUAUGGAACCUCGCAGACACAAAGCAGCGUGGCGCUCUCGAUGCGACUGAUUUCACCAUUGCCAUGCACCUCCUCACAUCCUUCAAGUCUGGUGCUCUCCGUGGCAUUCCUCAAACAUUGCCUCCUGGGCUAUACGAGGCCGCCGCUCGUCGAGGAUCCGGCCGCGGCUCUUUCGGCGCUCGCGCAGAUGUGCCUCCAGUCCCCUCUAUUCCUAAGCAAUUCACUGGUCCUCAGCGCACCGGUACUCCUAUGAGCCCUAAUCAUACUGGUCGACCGGCGUUUGGCGGCCCGCUUUCGGCACAGUCAACUGGAGAUUGGCUGAUCAGCCCGCAAGAAAAGGCUCAUUUCGAUGGCAUCUUUGAGACUGUCGAUACCGGCAAGGUCGGACUGAUCACUGGUGACCAGGCUGUUGGUUUCUUCAUGAAGGCUCAGCUGCCCGAGGAAGUCCUCGCGCAGAUCUGGGACCUUGCUGAUAUCGAUGCCGAUGGCCAGCUCAGCCGCGAUGAGUUCGCGGUGGCCAUGUACCUCGUGAGGCUUCAGCGUGGUGGAAAGGAGCCUCUUCCACAAGUGCUUCCUCCAGCCCUGAUUCCGCCAACCAUGCGCCGUCAAGCUCCUAUUCCUGCUGUCGCAGCUGCACCUGUCCCGCCAUCUGCGCCUGCACCUGUUCCACGCUCUGCUGCAGAUGACUUGUUCGGCCUUGAUUCUCCGGCACCCCCAGUCGCCCAGACUCAAUUCCCUCAGUCUACUGGUGGCUCCAAUCACGCAUUCCAUACGCCAGGCUCCCCUGUCUCCCGAGCUUCGCCGUCUGUUCCAGCUACAUCAUUCAAGCCUUUCAUGCCCACAUCGACUUUCGGGCAGAGCUUGCAGCCUCAAGUGACCGGUGCUUCGGCAGGAACACCAGGCGCGAUUCGCUCGCCCCCGCCUCCAUCCGAUGACCUCCUGGGAGACAAUGACCCCGAGGAGUCCAAGAAGCUCACUCAGGAGACCAGCGAUCUUGCCAACCUUUCUAAUCAGAUUGGCUCUCUGGCGAAGGAGAUGCACACCGUGCAAGAGAAGCGCACAUCGGCCGAGCAGAGCAUUUCGCAGACUUCCCAGCAGAAGCGUGACUUUGAGGCGCGCCUCGCACAGGCGCGUGCUAUGUAUGAAAAGGAGGUGGCAAACUUCAAAGCUCUGGAGGAGCGCCUCAGAGUUUCCAAAGCCGAGACCACCAAGUUGUCGCAAGAGUAUGCUUUGAUCGAGGGUAGCCGACAGGAUCUGCACAACCAGUACACCCAGGUUUCGACCGCUCUGGCGUCCGAUCAGCAGGAGAAUGCUAGUCUGAAGGAGAAGAUCCGCCAGGCCAAUGCUGAAGUCGCUCAGCUGAAGCCGGCGCUGGAGAAGGCUCGCUCUGAUGCUCGUCAGCAGAAGGGCCUUGUCGCUAUCAACAAGAAGCAGCUGGCCACUGUGGAGGGCGAGCGUGACAAGAUUCAGGGUGAAAUCGAUACCCUUGCCAAGGAAACCCCCCAGUAUACCGAGAAUGCCACGCCCGUCAGCUCUGUAGCUGAGGUGGCUAGCCCUGCUGUUUCCACUGCCAGUCAAAACACAAACCCAUUCUUCCGCCGGACCGCCACUGGCAGUUCGAGUGAGCGUGCUCUGUCUCCAGAGGGUCCCACCGAUCAGCAAAAGGCUUUCGAUAACCUCUUUGGCCAGUCCUUUGCUGCUCCUUCUGUUGCUGGCCCUCCUCCAACCUCAUUCCGCGCAGAGUCACCACUGGCUAGCUCCAAGUCGCCUAUUACCUCCAAUGUCCCAACCCCGUCCGCUUCACCAGUCCCUGCUGUCUCUGUGCCAGGCGCGUUCCCCGGUGUUGCAUCUGAGAUCCCGCCGCCUAGCCAGUCCCGCCAGAUGACCCCAAACUUCCUCCCUUUCGGUGAUGCCCAGUCCGUGACGUCGUCUACCAUGGUCUCCCCGCCCGCUAGUCGGUUCGGUGGCCCUGAUGCUUCGGGCAUUGCGACCCCGUCACAAGACGCUAGCGACCAGGGUGGUCCUCCAUCUGUAGCUGCAUCAAGCGAUUAUAGCCGAGCACCCACUUUCGAGGGCACGCCUGCUCGUUCGCCGUUUGAUGAAGUUCCGGCAGCCUUCGAUGCGGCACCCAUUGCUGCUGCUCCUACUACUGCGGUCGAGCAGCCCGCAGCUGCGCUCUCUCCUGCCUCCACCGGAAACCAGGAGCCGGCAAAGGACCUGUCUUUCGAUGAGCUCUUCGGAAGCAAGGCUCACAAGCGAUCUGAGUCCCAGAACCAGAAUGAUUUUGAGGAGGCAUUCGCUACUAUGAAGCAGCAUUCGGACGACAAGACCAACGGUGGUGCUGCGGCUGCCCCUUCGUCCGAGUUCCCUCCUAUUCAGGAGCUGCACCAUGACGAGGAGGACGAUGAGAGCUCGGAUGACGAGGGUCCUUUGGGGUUCGAUGAUAACUUCACUCCGGUCUCUCCUACUUCCAAGAAGCAAGCCGACUCCAUCGAUGCUGCUCAACUUGCUGCUUUCCCUGUUCCGGGAUCGGCUCAGCCGCCAGCUGCUGAUGCGCAGGCAAGCCCUCCUCAGUAUGAGGCCACCACUGCUGGAGAUGCUAGCCACAUGCCUCCUGAGUUUAGAGGUCUGCUGCCUGAGCGUGCUGAUCCCACUAUUGCUCCGGAUGCCCCUCACUCUGUUGAUUCCACCACUGGUGCACCAGUAAUUGCCAACGAGUCUCAGCGGGAAGUCGUCUCAGAGGCGGCUGCUCCGGCCCUGACUGGUGGCGCCAAAACAGGCGGACCUGACUUUGAGGCUGCUUUUGCUGGACUCAACCUUGCCCCUGCGACGGAGGCUGAUGACGACGACGAAGAUGACGAGCACGAGGAGAUCCACGAUCACAAGAACACCUCAGACUUUGACUUUUCGUUCGACUCACCGUCCCAGGCCAAGCACGGUGCUUCUUCUAGCACCGAUGCUGGCCAGGGUGGAUCCUCUGAUUUCUUCUCCUUCGACAACAAUGUCACAGCUGCGACCGCCCAGUCCACCACCUCCCAAAACGGAGGUGAUUCCAAGGCCGCAGGACCUGACUGGGACGCCCUCUUUGCUCCCCUCGAAGGUGCCAAGCCCGUUGCAGAGGAGCCUGCCAAUGGCGCGAGUUCCAAGUCCCCCGGCUGGGCUCUCAACAACGACUCUGGCGAAGACGACCUGAUUCUGCAGCGCUUAACAGGCAUGGGCUUCCCGCGUGACGACUCGCUCGCGGCUUUGGAGAAGUUCGAUUACAACAUUGAUAAGGCUGCGGACUAUUUGACCUCAAAGUCUUAA